AUAUAAGCAGUGCCUUUUCCUGGGCCUCUCUCUCUCUCUCUUUGUGCGUACCUCGGCGUCGUGCUUCUCUCCUGACUCACCGCUGUUCCCCGGGCCUCAGGCGCUCGCUCCGGCAGGAAUAAGUCGGUCAGGAAGGCUUCGCAGCGGCGAUGGCAUUUAAAGAUACUGGCAAAGCACCUGUAGAACAGGAAGUAGCAAUCCAUCGAAUCAGAAUUACCUUGACAAGUCGCAAUGUCAAGUCCCUUGAGAAGGUCUGUGCAGACCUGAUCAGAGGUGCUAAGGAAAAGAACCUAAAAGUGAAAGGACCUGUUCGCAUGCCAACCAAGACUCUUCGAAUCACUACAAGGAAAACACCAUGUGGUGAAGGUUCCAAGACCUGGGAUCGUUUCCAGAUGCGUAUUCACAAGCGUCUCAUCGAUUUGCACAGUCCUUCAGAAAUUGUCAAGCAAAUAACUUCUAUCAGUAUUGAGCCUGGUGUAGAAGUUGAAGUUACUAUUGCUGAUGCAUAAAUGAGUGUCAUCUACUGCAAUAAAAGUUGAUAGCAGCUUUUCA